CAUCCGUCCUCCCCUCUCGCGGAAUAAAAACUUCUCUGUUUUAUUUAUUUUUUUCCUCUCCCUUUUUCCCAAGCGCCCUUCAAAUCCAUCGCCUCCUCUCCUCUCCGCCUCCCUUCCCAAUUCGAUGCAGCCGCGGUAGCAAUUCGGCGUCCCCCCCGCCGCCGUCCUCGCACGCGCGGAUUCGGUCGCCCGCUCGCUCGCUCGCUCGCACGCAUGGACGCCUCCGCCGGAUCCGGCAAUGCGUCCGCUGGCGCCGGCGCCGGCGCCGGCGCGUCCGCGUGCUGCUACUACACCCUGCUCGGCAUCCGCAGGAACGCGUCCGCCACCGACGUGCGCGCCGCCUACCGGAGGCUCGCCAUGAAGUGGCACCCGGACCGGUGCACGAGCGACCAGGGCGAGGCCAACCGGCGGUUCCAGCGGAUCCAGGAGGCGUACUCCGUUUUGUCCGACAAGGGGAAGCGAGCCAUGUACGACGCCGGGCUGUUCGAUCCCCUGGACGACGACGACCAGGAUUUCUCCGACUUCAUGCAGGAGAUGCUGGUGAUGAUGGAUAACGUGAAAAACGAGAAGCCGGACACGCUCGAGGACCUGCAGAAGAUGCUGCAAGACAUCGUCAGCAGCGACGGCGGGAGCCGCGGCGUCGGCGGCCGCGUGCCGUCGGACGGCACACGGCGGACGCGCGUCGCGCCUUACCCGCCGCAGCAGCGCAGGUGACCGGCGCGCCGGUGUACGAGACGUGCACACGCCGAAGUACGUACGCCUCCUAAGUGACGAGAGAGACCAUGCAGGUGGAAGAGAGGAAGCCACGGGAAGAAAAGAAAGAAAGAAACCAAUAAAAUUAGCAGAAUUUGUUUCACCUCUUCGUGUUUUUUUUUUCACUACUUUUGUUAGGUCAUCUGAUGAUUUGACUCCGCUCCAUGGAGCUGGGUUGGGUUGGGUUUGGGUCGAAUGCGCCGAUUCGAUUCCGGCCGCGUGACCCAAGAAUUGGUGCGUGCGUGGCCAAAGAUUCCAAUACCUUGUCGACAUUUCGUACUGAAUUUUCACUCUCUUGUUCAAGUCU